CGGCGAUCCUGAUGCGUCCACGGAGAAGCUUUGUCUCUCGAAAAGUCGUAUGCGAUGUAGUUGAUGACAUAUAGUACCUACAUUUGGUUCGAUAAAGUAUAGUACGUAAUAAACGAGAAAAAACGCUGGUGUGAGUAACCCAGUCAAAAGAAUCUAAAAGUACACAUUAGCUGGUUUAUCACUAAAUGAAAAGAUCAGGAACAGUUGAACUCGUCAAAGCGGGCAAUAUAUCACUCAAGUCAAGCUUUUUGUCUUGCUUCACAGUUGCAGACAGGAUGCGGCAAUUUGUGCAGGAUCGUCAGAUCGAAUUCAGAAGGUUAAUAAUAAUGCGUAUCAGGAAAGGGCACUUACAAUUCAGUAUGUCAGUCAUCCGACGAUGGUAUUUCGUCAUGCAUUCCGAGAGUUACCAGGCUUUCGGUUGGGCUUGUUUCUUCCUUUUUGCUUGUUUCUAUCGACAACCGCCCCAAUGCUUUGAUGGCAGUCAAGGCAAUGAGUUUGUGGGCUAUUCUGACGAUCGGAGUGCCACGAUGGUUGGAUGGAACCCUGGGAUGUCCACCGUUUUGCCCUUUUUAGGCUUUUUCCGAGCGGACAUACAAGGUUUGAAUUUUUCAACGGGCGAUCAUAUUGGCACACCACAAUCGUUCAUUAAGCAUAUCUGAAUAUGGGAGAUGCUUAUCUUUGGGUGUGGAUGGCUUGGUUAGACCAAAGGAAUAUGUAUGCAACGUGCAAAACAAGAAAACGCUUCCCAUCAAGCACAGAAAAAAAAAAG